CCCCUGCUGGUAGCGGUGGAGAAAAUCAGUUUACACAGUCUGCCUUUGCCUCUGCCUCGGUUCUGCUGUAGUGUACCUGCCCACCCCCCUCCGCUGUGUCUCUUUUACCCCGCUGCAGCCGUGCGUCUCUCUUCAGUGUGCCAUCAGCCAGCGGACAGCUCACAGCGUAACCGUGCGGAUAGACGCUUUUUACGCACGGUCCCGGCGUCUGUCACAGAGAGAGAGGAGCUUCAGAUCUUUACGGGAUUUCACGGGAGUUUCAGUGGAUGACGGGACGAAAACAGGUGAGGUGAGGACAAGGACACGAUCUACGUCUGGCCAUCUGUCCUUCAGCGGAUCAAGUGCCCUGGAGCCGGCCACCCUCAAGUCCGCUCAACCACGACGGCGUCAAACAAAAACCCCAGUGAAAGGCAAAUAUUUGAAGCCAUUAUAUCUCAUUUUUGAGGAGAAGUUGUCGCCACAAAACCAACACUGACGGGUGCUGUUGGGGGAGGAAAAGUAGCCCAUUCAAAGAGUACCCUGCUUGCUAUUUUGGAAGCUCUGUGGGCUAGGAGCAUCUCAUUUGGGAGAGCUCUUGGCUGACAAAAAAAAGGACUUCCCUGUGCCCUCCCUGCUUAGUCAAAUGCUUGUCUAAAUACUGGAUAGAGAUAUCAAUUUGACUGCAGACUUGGUUUGCCCAACAAAGACGCUGCAGCUAUCUUGGGAGGUUUUUACAACAAGCUGUCUGCCUGUGGCCUCCUGAAUUGCUACCUAUCCAUUACUCCUUGAGAAUGAUCUGUGAGAACAUGCAAUGAGCGGCUGGAGUUAACUACAUUUUUGUGUUUUGAAGUGGACCAAGUACGGUGUCUUGGGGGACGCCCGAAACAGCUUAUCAUCUCUGAGCUUGAGCCCUUUCCUGGUUUGUAGAUCAACAUGAAACCGCUAACACCAAUCGGCUCCCCCUCCCCUCUGAGGCUCCUCAACAAGGGCCCCGACUAUCUGCGCAGACAGAUAGACGGAGGUAGCCACGGGCGAACCAUCAGCGCCGUGGAGAGGCUGGAGGCGGACAAAGCUAAAUAUGUCAAGAGCCAGCAGGUAAUCAACACCAAACAGGAGCCCGCGCUGGUCCCAUGUGCCACCCCACCACCCCGACGAGCUGGGGUUACCGCUGGCAACAUAACACCUCACCUCCCCCCACGCCAUUCCUCAAACACAGCCUUCUCCACACUGUCAGACUCUGUCACCUCCAGAGAUGAAAACGAAAAUGAUGACUCCAGAAAAGAGAACAAACGGACAUUGGUUGAUGUUGAGGCGAAUAACAGAAGCAAUGUGAACAAUGUUUUGCCCCCAAGCCCCAGAACGCCUGCCAUUCACAGCCUGGUGGCCCCACAUAGUGCACCUGUGCUUAGAAGAAGUUCUGGCAAACGUAUGCUAAGGCCAGACUCACUUCUCAUCUACCGGCAGAAGAAAGAGUGCAAAAGUCCAACUAGUUCUAGUCCAGGAGAGAACAAUAACUCUGAAAUCAGGGGUUACAGCUUUGUACGACGCCUUUUCCAAGGAUCUAUGAGGGAGAAAAGUAGUGGCGGAGACAGUAGAAUCCAAAAAAUGGUGAUCGGGGAGGAGAGGGCUCCUUCACGAGAUGGAGAUUCACGCAUGUCAUGGACCAAUGAGAAAGAUACUGUAGAUAGUGGACCAGAAAGUAGAAGGUCAAGCAAAAUGGACCACGAUCGGUCUCCUGGGUCACUGUCAAGCCCAGGUUUCAGCACAUUCAAAAAGACUGAAGAUACAAAUGGUACCAAUGAUAACAUCACUAAUGGCAACCACUCGAGUAACCAAGAUGAGAACGAUCCUUGGAAAAGAGCCUCUCCACCAGUGCACAGGCGGCAGCUGGGAGAACUGCGACGUUCUAAAUCGGACCUACAGAUCCGCAGCUCUGUGGCGCUGUCAGAGCAGGAGCUUUUCUUCGCCUUCUGUGGCCUGGACAUGGACAUGAUCGAGUGUUUGGGACGAGAGAACUUCCUGUCUGGUGCCAGUUCCAUAGACACUCUGUCACUGGCCCUGCGCAGCGUGGUGGAGGGUUGUGGUGGCUCUGAGCCCAGCGAGUUCUCCCGUCACUCAGGAGAUGGACUAUUUGAGGAGGAGCUGGUGGAGACACUUCCAACUGGAGUGUCUAUCAUCGAGAGAAACGCCAGAGUCAUUAAGUGGCUUUAUGGAUGUAAGAAUGCUGCUCGUGAGGGACCCAAAGAGUCAACUGUUUAAUGUUGUCAGGGAGUGCAUAGUUGGCACAAAUGAAAAGCAAGAAUCAUCUCAGACUGUUUCCCGACAAUAUAUGGACUUUAUUUGUAAUACAGAAAUGCAAAUGUAUUGUAUAUUGUCAUGAUGGUUAAACUUGCAUCAACAAUUUGCACUCCUUGGUACAUGGUUACCUUUAUCCACUUGCCCUUUUUAAAUCCAAAGAGACUUCAGUUUAAGAGUGAUGACUGCGAGCAGUUAUCUCCUGUCAUGUUGAUAUAUUGUAUUUAUAAAUCCUAUGGAAGUAUUGUGUGGGUGUAGAGAGGACACAUUUGAAAACCAGCAAAGUGUGGUGUAUGUAUAUUGGUUAGACUGCUGUUUUGUCUGAUAGUGACUGAACCACUUUCAUAAUUAACAUAGAAGCAGCUCUUCUGAACCUCACAAAGGCACAUAUUAGUAUUUCUUUGUCAUGACGCAGUCAACACACAUCAGUGUCCCUGACAACUCUUUGAGAAAAUGACUAAUCUGAAAUGGAAAACCACUAAGCUAUGUCUUGUCAAACUGGAAACAGUUGUGUGUGAGUGAAGUGAACCGUGAGUACCUCAUUUGGAACUGUCCCAGUUUAGCAUGUAUGUUACUUUUUUUACUCUUUAAACGCAGGCGUUGGAACAAACAUGCAAAGCACCCCUGUGGGGCUGUUAAUGCACUGAACUGGACAGAGGAAAUGAAACUAGGCUUAUAGAUUUAACUCCACAGAGAUUCAUCUCAUAAUGUUACCACUGAUGCAGGAUGUACACAGAGCCAUGCGAGGCCAGUAUCCCAAUGAACAUUAGCAUCUCUUUUUCAUGUAUUUAAAUGGGUUAAAUCUGUAAGUAAACACCACUCUUGAGUUAUUGAUUAUCACAGCUAAUACUUUAGCCACAACAUAUUAAACAUUCUCUGUCUGUGUGGUCAAAUGUGUGCAGAAAAAACAGACCAAAACACAAGAGUACACAUAAAUCCCUGUGCCUGGUGCUUUCAUAUCUGUGGCUGACGGCUCCCAGCAGUUGCACCUCCCAGUUUGCUCUAUCAGCGUGCUUCCCAUCAAAACAAGAGGAGUCUGAAGACACUCUCUGCUCUGACACAUUCUCCUUCACUUCAUCCAUCCCAAUGAUUCUUGUGUUAUCUCCUGAAGGGUCAUUUCCAUUGCUUGGCCUGCCACUGAAAUGCGGAGAAGAGCUGCAGAGGUAUGAGAGGUCAGACUGGGAGGUGUCUGGGCCACACUAUAUCUGUACAUGGAAUAAAUGAGCACAAUUUAUUACAGGCAAAUAUGUUCCUUUUCUGUAUUUAUCAUGGGCAUGGCACACUCCUGGAUUCCUUAAUGAUGGGCUGUUGUUGGGUUUUGUAUCCUCCCUUUCUAAACCAUUUGGCUGCAUGUUUACAAAGUGGCUCUGUGAACCAUAAAUCUCAUUCAUAUGAUACAGUAUGUAGUUUUAUUCCAAAGAAGUGUAUUGUGUACACACCAAAU